GCCUCCUUUGGUGGCGGCGGCGGAGGAAGAGUCGACGUCGCUAGAGCGAAUCAAGAGGUGACCUUCGUGCGUUGGAAUCCGGAGUGAGCUGCGAUGGCUCAGGGCCCUCCUCCGCCGUUUGAUCCCCACCGCCCCCCGGUUAUCGAAGGCUUUACUCCGACUUCUUAUCGGUUCAAUGCCGAUCACUUUGAAAGCAAGUUCGUGCGCAAGUUCCGCGAGAAUCCAUUUGUGCCCAUCGGCUGCCUUGGUACAGCAGGAAUUUUGACUUAUGGACUCAUCUGCUUUAUGAGGAAUAAUCCCCAGAAAUCCCAGAAGAUGAUGAGGGCCCGUGUUCUAGCCCAGGGCUUCACUGUUGCAUCCCUAUUACUGGGUAUACUGGUUACAAACAUUAAGUCAUCGAAGUGAACAAACUGCUACUGUACAAUCAUAUGAAACUAUGGUCCACUAAUCUGGGUAAGAACAAGCCCACCUGCCUGCCAUCAUACCACAGUUUGCAGAAUGAUAUCUCAGUGCUGCUUAGGAAGUGACUAUCUGGUACCAAGGAGGCCCAGUUUUUGUUUAGUAACACUGUUAAUAAGUUCCAGUGAUUCAAAUUUGCCAUUGGUGUAUAACAUUGUUUGUGUACCAUAGCAAUGUUUUAAGCCUAUUUUUCUGAUAAAGCGAGUAAAAUUAUCUGGCCUAAGUGAAGCAGAUUGGAAGGCAUGCCUUUAUUAUCUGUUAGGCAGUUGUGUGGUUAAAAUGCAUUGAAAGUAACACAUUUAUUAUGGGGAUUGGUGUGAUGAGCCAAAUAUGUUGAGUGUUAAAAAAAUCUUAAAUUUUCUAUUCUUGAUGUUAUUUUUUCUGAAAUUUUGUCACUGCCAAGAGUGGACAGAAAUCAGGAAGAGUCUGAUUGUGAGCUAUUAAAAACCAUUGUGUUUGGUAAGACCUUCUGA